UGUACAAAAGGGUGCUGGACCAAAUCCGGAAGUAUGGAAAACCAGAUAAGUUUCCUCUGAACUCACAAUAUCUGGAACAUAUUGUCGUACAAUACAAACAUACAAACAUCGAAUUGGGCGUAAGAAAGCUACAUCUAUGAUAUUGAAAACACAAAAGUUCCACCAAUCACAAGAAGAAAAAGGCUAGCACACAAAACUACCGACCGAAAAGAAAUGGGCAAUAUAGGUUCAACCCUCGCCCCCCUGCCGGCAGCCACCGCGCUGCAGACCCCCUACAACACCAACUGCGCCGUCUGGUACACCGUCAAGCCCGGCGACGACUGCGAGUCGCUGGCCGGGGCGUCGUGCAUGGACGUCGGCAAACUGCAGUCCCUGAACCCUGCCCUCGGCGGCGGCGAGUGCAAUCCCAAGCUUUGGGCCGGGUACAGCUACUGUGUGCGGGCCGUGGGCGACAUGUCGCCUUGCGGGUUCAUCGCGCCGACGCCGACGCCGACGUGCCCCGUGGGGUAUAUUUGCUACGGGCCUGGCGAGAGCGGGUGUCCCACGGAUCGGUACUGCAAGACCAAGCUGGUGACGGGCCCGGUGGUCACGUCGACGACCCUCGUAAUCGUCACGGCCGCCCCUAUCCAGUUUACGACCUUGUAGGAGGUUCGGAUCAGGUUUUCUGGGUGGUUUUCGUAGCCUUCAGGUCUUAUUCAGGAUGACAUCUCCAAUUUGCCCAUUUCCAAACCCCGUGACGAUUUGGCGAGACGCACGAUCACAUAGAGCAUCUGUGUCUAGAUAUCUCGAUAAUAC